ACUAACUGCUGCUGCUGAAGAAAUCUUCUCAGAGGUUGAGAAAACCAUCGUCCGCUACGAGGAAGACGCCAGACUGCUGGAAAGCUGCUGGAGACCCCAGAUAAAACUCCCCAGAAUCGACCUCCAGAAGCCACAUGUCUCCAUGGAGGAGGAAGCUUCUUCCAUCCAACAGCUCUGCAACCAGAGGAGAAGGUCCAGUCAUGACCAGGAGGAAGAAGAACCUCAGUGGUCUGAAGAGGAACUGAUGGAACCAGAUCUUCCUUUGAUUGAAGAACGGAGAGAACCAGUACCUUCAUUGAUUAAAGAAGAAAAAGAGGAGUGUGGAUCUUCGUGGAUUAAAGAGGAACAAAGGGAACCAGAACCAUUGAUUGAAGAGCAAGAGAGCCCAGAACCCCCACUGAUUGAGGAAGAAAAGGAGGAACCUGAUUGUUUAAGGCUUGAACAUGAAAAUCAGGAUCCAGAACCUUUACCAACUAGACAGGAGCAGGAGGAUGUCUGCAGCAGUCAGGAUGGAGAGCAGUCCAUUGCUCUGAUGGAAUGUUUUACUCUUCAGGAAUGUGAAGAAGAACCAAUAACUGAUCUCAACUACAGGAGAGAUAUGAAAGGAAAGCUGCUCAAAGAUCAAAAAGGAAACAGCUUCAAUUGGUCAGAGACUCAGUCUCGUACUGACACAAAGAAUGGAUGUUUAAAAUGUGAUGUUUGUGGAAAAUCCUGGAAGACAAAGAAUGACUUAAAAAAGCAUUACAGAAGUCACACUGGAGAGAGACCCUUUACUUGUCAGUCAUGUGGAAAAUGCUUUUCCUCUGUAAGUAAUUUAAAUGUACACAAGAGAAUUCACACAGGUGAGAAGCCUUUUCCAUGCCAGACAUGUGGAAAAUGUUUCUCUCGUAUUGAUAGUUUUAAAUUUCACAUGAGAACCCACACAGGGGAGAGGCCUUUUCCUUGUCAGACAUGUGGAAAAGGUUUCACUCGGCUGUGUUAUUUAACUAUUCACAUGAGAACCCACACAGGGGAGAGACCUUUUUCCUGUCCGACAUGUGGAAAAAGUUUCUAUCGAAAGAGUCAUUUAACUAUUCACCGGAGAAUUCACACAGGUGAGAGACCUUUUCCUUGUCUGACAUGUGGAAAAUGUUUCCCUCAUGUUGAUGGUUUAAAACUUCACAUGAAAACCCACACAGGUGAGAAGCCUUUUCCUUGUGAGACAUGUGGAAGAAGUUUCACUCAAUUAGCCAGUUUAAAUGGUCACAUGAGAAUCCACAAAGGAGAGAGGCCUUUUUCUUGUCAGACAUGUGGAAAAAGUUUCACUCAGCUGAGUAAUUUAAAUAGUCACAUGAGUACCCACACAGGUGAGAAGCCUUUUUCUUGUCAGACAUGUGGAAAAGUUUUCUCUCGUUUUCAUACUUUAAAACUUCACAUGAGAACCCAUACUGGUGAGAAGCCUUUUCCUUGUCAGACAUGUGGAAAACGUUUCACUGAGCUGUAUUAUUUAACUAUUCACAUGAGAACCCACACAGGGGAGAAACCUUUUUCCUGUCAGACAUGUGGAAAAUGUUUCAUUCGACGCAGCGUUUUGAAUAGUCACAUGAAAAAAAAAACACACAUGAAAACUAGUAAUUUUUUUACUUUCACACAUGUUUGGGGGUAAAAGUAUUACUAAUUUCUCCUCGUAGUUUUCCACCACAUACCUUGUGCUGCCACCUUCUGGAUUAAAGUCCAGUGUUUUCUAUAAACAUGGAUGCUGCCUUGUAGAUGUAGUCAGCUUUUUUUUUUUUUUUUUUACCUCUGAACAAUGUUUUACAUUCAGCUUUUUACACCUAAGAAAUGAUUACAGGUGCAAAGCCUGAACAAUUUAUUGUUUAUAUUUUAGCAGUUUGCUGCACAGUUGCCAUGCAGCAAGAAGGUCCUGGAAUCGAGUCCUAUCCUUGCCCUGGGUCUUUCUUGCAUGUUCUCCCUAUGCAU